AUUUUUAAACGAUGAAAAAUUAGAAAUUAGAGCCCUCCUCUCCUUCCUUUCACUGUUUCCCGGUUUAGGGCCACCGGGAGAGAAGACGACCGAAGCGGCGGCUACUAUUAACAUGUAAAUUGUGGGAGUCGGACGUUAAAGUGGGAGCUUCAACAUUAUGACAUCUCAGCUCAAGAAGAACCCUAAACCCAAAUUACUCAACCCCAAUUGGGCAAUACUCCAACAAAAGCUGAAACCCCAUGGUUCAAAUCAUUCAAAGGCCUCUACUGUCCCGAAAUCCGAAGCUUCAUCAAAGACCCUUUUAGGGAAACGCAAGGAAAGAUCUGAUGUGGAGUCAAAUCAUUCCCAGAAGAAUAUCCUCAUUCCGGUGAAUGAUGACUUUAGUCUUACAGAUGAAGUAGCUAUGGAUUGUGAAAUGGUUGGAGUAGGUCAAGGUAACAAAAGUGCCCUUGGACGUGUUACACUGGUAAACAAAUGGGGGAAUGUUAUAUACGAUGAGUUUGUACGCCCGAUAGAGCGUGUGGUUGACUUUCGGACCCAAAUUAGUGGCAUAAGACCCUGCGACUUGAAGAAAGCUAAGGAUUUUCCAACUGUCCAGAAGAGAGUGGCAGAGUUGAUUAAAGGAAAGAUUCUUGUUGGCCAUGCCUUGCGUAAUGAUCUUAAGGCAUUACUCUUGAGUCAUCCCAAGAAUGACGUGAGAGACACCUCCGAGUACCAAUUCUUUCAGAAGGAAGGAUGUAAAAGAGCUCUCCGCCAUCUUGCAGCCGAGUUUCUUGGUGUUCAGAUCCAAAAUGGGGAGCACUGUCCUGUAGAAGAUGCUCGUUCUGCCAUGCUGCUCUAUCAGAAGAAAAGAAAAGAGUGGGAAAAGAGUGUUAAAGCUGAACAAAAGCUUAAAUUGAAGCAGAAAAAACGCAAGCCAAGGAAGAAAUCCAAGGAUGGAGGAGGUUUUGAAUGAUCAAUCAGACUCCUAAUAGCUUAAUCCGACUUUAAUCUUACAAAAAUGUGUAACAUGUUAGUAUAGAACUUAGAAUGAGUAUUUAUUACGGAGAUUUGAAACCAUGAGUUCCAUUCUUUAUUAUGAGUGAAACUAUUGGCCUGUGAUAUUGGCCAAAUUUUGA